CCAGCCCAAGUUUUUAGGGUGGGGAUCCAGACUGGUUAUACGUACCUUCAGUCCUUCUCCCAGAGGAAGGCAGAAACACCUCAAAGCCUGCAUGUAAGAACAUCUACUGAGAAAUUAUUUUAAUCAGACACCAGCUGAGUGGGAGAAAGAAAAAGAACAGAGAAGAACAAACAAAACUCCCUUGGUCUUGGAUGUAAGAGAAUCCAGCAGAGAUGGACUGGCGUUUCUUCAGAGUAGCUGUAGUGCUGUUCAUUUUUCUGGUGGUGGUAGAAGUUAACAGUGAAUUCCGAAUCCAGGUAAGAGAUUAUAACACUAAAAAUGGCACCAUCAAAUGGCAUUCAAUCCGAAGGCAGAAACGUGAAUGGAUCAAGUUCGCAGCGGCAUGUCGUGAAGGUGAAGACAACUCAAAAAGGAAUCCAAUCGCCAAAAUUCACUCAGAUUGUGCUGCAAACCAGCAAGUUACAUACCGCAUCUCUGGAGUAGGAAUUGAUCAGCCACCAUAUGGGAUCUUUGUCAUUAAUCAGAAAACUGGUGAAAUUAAUAUAACAUCCAUAGUUGAUCGAGAGGUCACUCCUUUCUUCAUUAUCUACUGCCGAGCUCUGAACUCAAUGGGCCAAGAUUUAGAGAGGCCGCUAGAGCUCAGAGUCAGGGUUUUGGAUAUAAAUGACAACCCUCCAGUGUUCUCAAUGGCUACAUUUGUAGGACAAAUAGAAGAAAAUUCUAAUGCAAAUACGCUGGUGAUGGUACUCAAUGCUACUGAUGCAGAUGAACCAAACAAUUUGAAUUCAAAAAUAGCCUUCAAGAUUAUAAGACAAGAACCUUCAGAUUCACCAAUGUUUAUUAUCAACAGAAAUACUGGAGAAAUUCGAACGAUGAAUAAUUUUCUAGACAGAGAGCAAUAUGGCCAGUAUUCUCUUGCUGUAAGAGGCUCUGACCGAGACGGCGGGGCAGAUGGCAUGUCAGCGGAAUGUGAGUGCAACAUUAAAAUCCUUGAUGUCAAUGAUAACAUCCCUUACAUGGAACAGUCUUCAUAUAGCGUGGAUAUUCAAGAAAAUACUCUAAAUUCAAAUUUGCUCCAAAUUAGAAUAAUUGAUUUGGAUGAAGAGUUCUCAGCUAACUGGAUGGCAGUAAUUUUCUUUAUCUCUGGAAAUGAAGGAAAUUGGUUUGAAAUAGAAAUGAAUGAAAGAACAAAUGUGGGAAUUUUAAAGGUUGUUAAGCCCUUAGAUUAUGAAGCUAUGCAGAAUCUGCAACUUAGUAUUGGUGUCAGAAAUAAAGCUGAAUUUCAUCAUUCAAUUAUGUCUCAGUAUAAACUGACAGCAACUGCAAUUUCUGUGACUGUGUUAAAUGUAAUUGAAGGCCCAGUGUUUCGUCCAGGUUCAAAGACAUAUGUUGUAACUGGUAAUAUGGGAUCAAAUGAUAAAGUGGGAGAGUUUGUAGCUACUGACCUGGACACAGGUAGACCUUCAACGACUGUUAGAUAUGUAAUGGGAAAUAAUCCAGCUGAUCUGCUAGCUGUUGAUUCAAGAACAGGCAAAAUCACUUUGAAAAAUAAAGUUACCAGGGAACAGUAUAAUAUGCUCGGAGGAAAAUACCAAGGAACAAUUCUCUCUAUAGAUGAUGCUCUUCAAAGAACUUGCACUGGUACAAUUAAUAUUAACAUUCAAAAUGUUGAUGGAGAUGACAGGACUAAUAAUACAGAGGCAAACACUGACGGUACCAAUACUGGCAGAGAAGAAAGUACUUCUUCCACUGACUAUGAAACCAGCACAAGUUAUGGUGUCUCCCAGCAACCAGUUUCUAAUGGAAACAAUAACGGAGGAUUCUUCCCAUUGUUCGCAGACAAUGUGCAUUUCGGUCCUGCUGGCAUUGGACUGCUCAUCAUGGGGUUCUUGGUCUUAGGAUUGGUCCCAUUUUUGAUGAUUUGUUGUGAUUGUGGAGGUGCUCCUCGUAGUGCAGGUGGCUUUGAGCCUGUUCCUGAAUGUUCAGAUGGAGCAAUUCAUUCAUGGGCGGUAGAAGGACCACAGCCUGAACCCGGGGUUAUGACCACCGUCAUACCGCAAAUACCACCUGAUAAUGCAAAUAUAAUUGAAUGCAUUGACAACUCAGGAGUUUAUACAAAUGAGUAUGGUGGCAGAGAAAUGCAAGAUCUGGGAGGAGGAGAGAGAAUGACAGGAUUUGAACUAACAGAGGGAGUUAAAACUUCAGGAAUGCCUGAGAUAUGUCAAGAAUACUCUGGAACAUUAAGAAGAAAUUCUAUGAGGGAAUGUAGAGAAGGAGGUCUGAAUAUGAAUUUCAUGGAAAGCUACUUCUGUCAGAAAGCAUAUGCUUAUGCAGAUGAAGAUGAAGGACGCCCAUCCAAUGACUGUUUGCUCAUAUAUGACAUCGAAGGUGUAGGUUCCCCUGCUGGCUCUGUGGGUUGCUGUAGCUUCAUUGGAGAAGAUCCGGAUGACAGCUUCUUGGAUACUCUGGGACCUAAAUUUAAGAAGUUGGCAGACAUCAGCCUAGGAAAAGAAAUUGAAUCAUAUCCAGACCCUGAUCCUUUUUGGCCACCCCAAAGCACUGAACCAGUUUGCCUUCCUCAGGAAACAGAGCCCACGGUUAGUGGACACCCACCAAUCUCCCCACAUUUUGGCACUACCACAGUAAUUUCUGAGAGCACCUAUCCCUCGGGACCUGGUGUGCAGCAUCCUAAGCCUAUUCUCGAUCCUCUGGGCUAUGGUAAUGUCACUGUGACCGAGUCUUACACCACCUCUGACACUCUGAAGCCCUCUGUGCACUUUCACGAUAACCGACAAGCAUCAAACGUGGUGGUGACAGAGAGAGUGGUCGGCCCAAUUUCUGGCACUGAUUUGCAUGGAAUGUUAGAGAUGCCUGACUUACGAGAUGGGUCAAAUGUUAUAGUGACAGAAAGGGUAAUAGCACCAAGCUCUAGUCUACCUGCCUCUCUGACUAUUCAUCAUCCUAGAGAGUCUUCAAAUGUGGUAGUGACAGAAAGAGUAAUCCAACCGACUUCCGGCUUAGGUAGUCUUAGUAUGCACCCUGAGUUAACCAAUGCCCACAAUGUGAUUGUGACAGAGAGGGUUGUUUCUGGUGCUGGCGUAACUGGAAUUAGUGGCACCACUGGGAUCAGCGGUGGCAUAGGCAGCAGUGGCCUGGUUGGCACCAGCAUGGGUGCUGGGGGUGGGGCCCUGAGUGGAGCUGGCAUAAGUGGUGGUGGCAUUGGCCUGAGCAGCUUGGGAGGGACAGCCACCAUUGGCCACAUGAGGAGUUCCUCUGACCAUCACUUUAACCAAACCAUUGGGUCCGCCUCCCCUAGCACAGCUCGAAGUCGAAUCACAAAGUACAGUACCGUGCAAUAUAGCAAGUAGUCAGGACCCCAGCUCACUUUUUCAUAGUCACUGUGGUUUAGAUCCAAUUCCCACCACUAAGAAACUAACAAUGUGAUUUAUAACGCACAACUUCAUGCUCAGGUCAUCUAGGAGCAAGGUGAGAAAUCACAAUGAGAAAAUAAAUGGAAACACCGCUGCUAGGGGAGAGCUCUCCUUAGCGUUCCUAAACUUUUUUCUUAUAUUAGCACUAAGGAACUAAAACUUGAGGCAGAGCCUUCUUUGUGCCUGAGUGGCCUGUAGUCUAUCUCCAGCAUGUAACUGGCCUUACAACGGCAAUUGGCAUAAUUCUCCUUGCUCUGUUUUGCUUUUCCAUAUAGCUCGAGCAAAAUUUAAAAAGAACUAAAUAUGCAAUAUGUGUUCAUGUCUGUGGGAAAAAUCUAAAAUGUGUGCCAGAUGCCCUCAGUUUCACAGAUAACAUAAAUAAAAAUUUUAAAAAAAAACAUUUUUUUUAAGUUUGACUACAUAGUCAAGUCCACAAACCAUCAAGCACUCCUCGUUAAUUAUUGCACUAGAUAAAAUAAAUUUCAAAUUAGGAAAUGUUUCUAGGAGGAAAAUUCCAUUAGAGAGUGACGAUAGGAUAAGGUUUCUUCAGGGUAAACUAGCAACGCCUGAGCCUGAAUCUUAAUUUGGGGUCUCAGUUAAAUCUCCUGUAGAGUCGAGGAUUCUUCUGAUUCUAGUUUGUGUUUAGUGAUAGAUGUAAUCUUGACGAAUAUUGCUUACUGGUGAGGUUGAGGAAUAUCACACUCAUCUUUCCCUUUACCACUGUGGUUUUGACUUAAGAAAGCAAAACUUUCUAAGUUUACUUCUCGAAUUGAAGCAAGUGAGGUCAGACAUAGUUGUCAUCACUAGUGGUAAACGACCUUCCAAGUAAGCAAAUGGGAACUGAACUGUGUUUUCAGGUUUUGUUUUUAGUACGUGAUAUUCAUUCAUAUCCAGCUCUUUAUUACAUAGCUCUGAAGUUAAAAUGAUUUACAUAGGCUGAGCUGUGGACAAAAAAAAAAAAAAAAAAAAAAAAAGAAGCAGCUUGCAGUAUGCUUAAGCUUUGGGGAAUUUUUUUUGUAAGGGGAUUUAAAAAAAAUGUUUUUAGAACAUGUAAAAUGUUUAAUGGGGAAAGUUGGAAAAGAGUUAUUUUGUAAAGUAAUACCAUGCUAAUUAUUCACUUUUAGCACGUAAAGCAGUGGUUGCUUUAGCACACCUCUGCUGCCCUUUUGCAGGGAUCAAUCAGGAACCUUUAACAAAAUUGGCAAUAUUGUAUUGGUAAGAGUGAAAUAAUAAUAGAUAGCCUAUUCCGCUAGUUUAUCUCACCCCCUCAUUUUUCUCACUAGUAUAAAUUUUAAAUUCCUGAUUUGAUUUGUCAAUAAGAUCUUGGCUUAUUUAUGCUCUGAUUUAUAGGUAGUGUCCAAAUUAUACAGUAUAACAUAUUUUUCUAGUUUCAAAAUUUAGUAAUGUCCUAUUUAUGAUAUACCAUUUCUGUGUGUUUGCUACAUAGUAUUACCCAAUUAAAAAUCUCUAAAAAGAAAGCAUUCUAAGGAAAAGGUACAUUUACUAUUGCAUGGUUGAGAAACUUUUUCCUUUCUUAAAUACAGUGUUACUAUAAGCUCACUAAACUGAAACUCUAUAUGACGAAAUAAAAUUAGAAUAAAAAAUUUGCCCUGGAGUUGUGAAUUAUAUAAAACUUUUAAAGAAUUUACCCCGAUUACUCAAAUUUCCCAGGAAAUUACAAGACCAAAGAAUAUUCGACUUCCUACACUGGUCAAAAGGGGAUAGGAGUGAAUUAUUUAACCUAGAGCUGUUUUGCUCUGUAUAACAGCAGAUAAGCCUAACAUUUUAAAGGCCACAGUAUACAUCUUCUUUUAACUCGUAGAAUAUGUAAAAUUUUAAUAGUCUGUAGUAUGCCAAAUGCAGAGGUAUAAAUAAAGUCAUUCAAAGGGAGUCUUUUCUUUUUCUGCCACUUAGGGGGCUACAUUAAGGAUGGGUAAUCUUUCCAGGAAUAAAGUCAAAAGGUAUUUAUUAAAAUAUACUUGAGUAUGCCUGGGUCCAGGAGUUUUAAGGAAUAGAAAUAAUUAUUAAUGAAUUAAUUCAGUAAUUUAUUAAAGGGAAUGGUAGCUGACCACAGGAAACUUGCUUGCUGUUUUGAUAUGAAAUAUCAUCACAAGCCUUUUCUUAAGACAUCUGAUAUCUUCCAGAGAUAUUUUUUAGGUUGUCUUGCAAACAACAAAAUCGCUGUCUUUGAUAACUGUUGCUGUUAAAAUCCGAUGGUUGUUAAGAUCCCCCCAAUUUAGUUACAUUUGAACUCCUAAACACUGUUAAACGAUGGAAAAACAAGAAAAAACAUAGCCAUAUGAGUCAUCUAUCUUUCUUGGAAGAUACUUUCUAACCAAACUUUUCUUCCAGGAUUGCACAUUGAUGGGAAAAACAAGAAAAAUUGAAGUAUUAGUCAUCUGUCUUUCUGGGAAGAUACUUUCCAACCAAUUUUUUCUUCCAGGGUUGCACAUUGAUUAGUCCUAAAUUUUAAAAUUACCUUUUUAAGACAUCAAUGAUUUUAGUAGUUAUUUAAAGGCAUGUCAUUUUUCAAUGAAAAAGCUUUGGACAGAACUUCAUUCUUCUUUUUAGAUAUUUACUCUAGAUCAUAUAUAUCAUGUCAUAGACCAAGAAGAGAUAUGGAAAUCAUUUUAUAAGUGAAUACUAUAAUUAGGAUUCAAGUUGAGUUUCAGAUCAACUUGCUCUUAACAAAAUGAAGAAGACAGAGGUAGUAAUUUAAUGCUAUGUAUGUAUGGUUUGAAAACAAACCACAGUGUUUAUAAAAUAUCUAUCUGGCUUUCUAAAGAGGGAGUCUUUAGUGGCAAAAAUCAGUGUAUUAUAAAUACUUUACCAUUUAAUAUCAACCAAAAUAACAUCUCGAGCUAAUUUUGAUACUGAAUUCCAGACACACCUGCUACAUAUUAUUUACUUCUAAGCGUGUUGCCUGAUGUAAUUCUAUUUGCACUGAAAAAUCAAAAGAAAAAGUACAUAUUUAGGCAUAUUUAUAUAUCUUCAUCUAGACAUCUGUUCUACAUUUGUGCAUAAAGUUUUUAGCAUCAUAAUUUUAUUCAAGAAAAUGUUCUGACAAAAUUGUAAUUAUAUGUCUUCAAAAAUUACAUUUUUUACUCUAGUAAGUAGAUGUUUUUAGUAAUCUAGGCAAUUUAUUUCUGAAUUUAUACCAAUGUUUGAUUGUCAUGGUACAAAACAUAUGACACCCUUUGGCUUUUGCUGAAGUUGAAAGGCAUUAUAAUCUUUACCAUAAAUGCCCAUGGCUACUUUGGAAAGACAUUUAAAACCCAAAACAAACUUUUAAAAGCAUUUGCCCCAUUUUCCCAUGCCUAUUUCAUAAAUUCCAACUUUUUUUUUUUUUUUUUUUUUACAAUUUCUGGUAUUUUUUAAGACCCAUUUCCCAUUGUACUAGGAUACAGCAGUCCACAGUAGAGUGCUACUCUCCUUGAAAUCAAAUCUGUCUUCCACUUCCAGAUUAUUCAAUUUAUAUUAGGACAAAUCUUGACAAGAUCAACCUAUUAUCCAUCAAAUAAUUUUAAAACAAUGUGUAAUCUUGUUUAAUUGUCUACAUUCUCUCCCCAGUUUAGCUGUAUUUGAAUUACUAAACACUUUAUCAUCAAACUGUACCUAGUCUAACUUAUUUUUCUUUUGCUAUCAGUUUUACAAGCAUUUUAAAAUUCUAAUAUUCAUCUCUAGUGGUGUUUAAAACAAGGUUCUCUUAUUCAAGUUUCAAUAUAAAUGUUUUUGGAUUAUUUGGGUGCUAGUUUCUUGCUUGGUUAUCUGUUUUUUUUUUUUUUUUUUAAGUUGAUUUGUAAUUUCCAAAGAGUUAUGCAUAAAGCAAUAAAAUGAUUAAUAUGC